GGUGUAAAGUGAUCAUUUUGCCUCUCAAAAGUGGUUUAGUAAUGUCUAGUUUCACUCUGACACGCAGAAAUGGUCCCCAACCUUCACUAAGAGAAUCCUCAAAUACAUCCACAUAUUCACCAAUAAUGUUUCCAAGAGCCAUUGCAAUUCCUUUUGUUUUGCUAAGGAAAGGAAGUCUGAAAAUCUGUACCCAAAAUGGUGUAUAAAUGAGUGAAUCAGAGUUAACUGUUUGUCCUUGAGUGGGAGAGUACAACACGAUGUGGUGAUUUUGGAAGUGAAAAGGUUCUCGAAGGAGAGCCCUCACUUUGUCACCCUCACAGCCAAAACUUAGAGAAAACAUAUCCGAAGAUUCCGUGAUUGUUACGGGAAAUCUACCAUUCCAGUGCUGCGCCAUCUGGUUUUUGAAUGUAGAUAACCAGACUUUUUUUCCUGUAAGAACUUUGGCAUAGAGAACAAGAUCAGAAGCAUCUUGAUGUCGAGAAGGAAUCAGAUCAGUAAGAUCGAAAACCCCCUCUUCAUCUUCAGUUAAAUUCAUAGGCUUUUUCAUCUUUUGCAUAGCAGAAUCCAUAAGUGGAAGGAGAAGAAUCUAUGAAAUGGAGAUAGUGGGAUAAUCGAAGUAGUGUUGUGAUGGAAUUUGUGGUUAAUGUUGAAUUGAUGCUAUAGAAAAUGGAAAAACCAGAAGAAAACCAGAAGAAAAACAAUACAAAAAAACUGUCAAAGACAGUUAAAAUCCAUAAACUGCCACAGAGCACUCAGGAGGGCAGACGCUCUUAUAAUCUUUUUGAGACAUAAUAUUCAAUUUCAAAAUUUAUAUUAUAUAUAUAAGAAAGAUUUCAAAAUUUAGAGUCUCUUCAAAAAAAACGAUUGAGUCUUCACUUUCCGACAAAACCCUAAAAUUGAAUUAGCCCCUUCUCUCUCUCUCUCUCUCUCGUGCGAUACUGCGAUCUGCUUCUCUCCAUCAAGCACCGUCACCUCCUCCUUCUCCUCAGUCGUCGUCCUCUUUCUCUCGCAACAACCAGCGGCAGCGCCGGCCAAAGCACAGAGAAUCAUUGACGGAGGUCACUCUCCUUCCUCAGGGGGGAAAAAAGAGAGUUGAAAAUUGCUUGUUAGGGUUAAAUGGAUCUUGAGACGGAGAACAGAAUAGCUGCUAUUCUUAUGAAAGAAGCAGCAGAGUUGCGGCGCCAAGCUGAAAAAGAUGGUGUCUCUGUUUAUCUUAAUCAACCUAAACCUAAGGUCCGCCCCAAUUCACGAUUUCUCACAGCUACUGUUCGUGGUGUACAACAAGCUAAUCGAGCUGUGGAAAUUAAUGAGAUGUGGCGAGUUCGGCAAAAAGAGCUAGAAUUGGAUGAUCGACUUAAAGACAGAUCGAAGGAUCAGCGAAGCAAUGGUGCAAGGUACAAUAAUGGUGGUGACUUCAAAAGUAAUAGGCACACAGCAGUAAAUGAUGGGGCAAAUGCUUCAUGCUCCUCAAGUAAAAGUUCAUAUUCAAGAAAUGAUGACGGGUUGAAGGAUGAAGAACUUGAAGAGUUUUUGCACUCAAGGGCCAAGCGCGGGAGGGGUGCUGUUGGACCAAGGAUGGAUGAAACAGGUCCUUAUCUUCCCCGUGGUCCAAACCCCAAGGAAGAGCUAUUGACAAACAUAGAGCAUCGUAAUGUUGUUUAUGGUCCCAAGAAGCCUUAUUCCCUAGAGUCAUGCGAAUCUUCUGAAACAGAUACCGAAUCUUCUGAAACAGAUACUGACGAUAAUAAGAGAGAAAAGAAGCGGAGAAAGACUCAUUCUAGGAACUCAAAGAAACCGCAUAAAGAGAAGCAUAAAUCUAAAAAGAAAUCCAAGGAUAAGAAAAAGAAGAGAAAGGAGGAGAAAAGAAGAAAACGUGAUCAUUAAAAAUCACUAUCUGCACUUCAAAGUAGCUCAAAUGAUUAGGUGAGUGAGUGUAUAUAUAAGGAGACUUGGGAUUGUUUAUUAUCAAAAAAUUAAGGGUGGAGUGGUUUUUAUCUGUUUCUAAUUUUUUUAAAGGCCAAUAUUUAUAUCAAGAGAUCCAAUCACUUUCUGCACUUUGAAGACCAUUUUAAAAAGGAUAAGAAUGGAGCCUUGUACAUUUACACAGCA